UACAGGCUUCCCCUUCCCUUUCCACUUAUCUUUCUGUAAGAAGCUGAAAUUAUCUCAGAAAACUUGGUUUUGCCCCUUUUACACCAUUUCCAACCAGCCCCACCACCCCAGGAGGUGAUGACUUUUUUCCUCUAGCCAUACCAGCUCUCUGGCACCGCUGUCAACAAAAUGGAGAGCAACCAGAGCCCUAAAUACAGUGCAGGUGUAGGUCCUACCCCCCAAAAAAACAAACCCUGCAUGUUUUCAUUGUGUCAGUAAUUGCACGCUCAUUAAAACAGACGCAAACAAACCCGAUUAUUGAAGGUCAUGGACACACCUGUUGCCGCAAUCGGCGGCGGGGGGUGGAAUUUUUGACCUUCAGAUGCUUUUGCUGCCCGUCCUGGCCCGACCAUAUGCCCGGGAUGGAGCGUGUGCCAAGGCACUGCCUGGUUUUCGGGCUGUUUGCUGGAGCUUUCUCUGCCCAAGACCAGUGAUUGAUUUCCCUCUCGCAUGGCACAGUGCCCAGGUAUGUCUCCCAAAGGCCUUUGUUACUAGAGUGUUAACAAUCAACCUACUCAGGCAGAAACAGAGCCAGGCCUUCAUAAUCUCAGCUUAGUUAACCAUUCAGCUGCUUAUCUGAAAGCAAUUUUUCUUCCGUCUAACUGGAAGGCAUUCGCUAACUCAUUUGGGUAAAGCAAAUGUGAAGACGCAGGAGUUAUUUUAUGGAUUAUUAUAUUUACAACAGCAUCCAGGGGUCCCCCGGAGCUGCAGGAAACCUUGGUAGGAGAUGGCCAUGAAGAGUUGACCCACCAUAGCUGGGGAAAAGAAGAUCUCCCCCCUAGAUUUUCUGCAUCGGGCAUAAAAAUACUGUUGUCUCCAAGGCAGGGCUGCUGGGAGAAAGGUCCAGGGGCCACCACAGUUGGAUGGGACAGGGAGGUCACACACCAUGGAGAUGCUGGGGAGCCGGACCAUGGCACUAUUGGAUAUUAGGAAAUAUUUCUUCCCCAAAGGGCUGUGGGGCACUGGAACAGGCUGCCCAGAACAGUGGUGGAGUCACCAUCCCUGGAGGGUUGGACAGACGCAGAGAUGAGGUUCUCAAGGACAUUGGGUGGUGCCAGGGGUGGGUUAAUGGUUGGACUCGGUCAUCUUGGUGGUCUUUUCCAACCAAAAUGAUUCUAUGAUUCUAUGAAGUCCCAGUGUCCCCAGCCAGAGACGAGGCUGGCUGUACCAACGAGACACAACAACCCUCCUAGGUAAGGUUCUGGUGUGGAGAACCCUACCAGGAAGGGUGCUUUGAAUCGAUCCAGGCAGACACAGAAACUGUUUUGAGUUUUUAUUACCACAGUAAUGCUGGGAAAUGGGAAAUGAGCUCAGCGUUUGUUCUGGAAGGGUUCCCGUCUCCUCCUUUGUGUCUGCAGAAAGUCCCUUUGCUUGGGUUCCUGCAGGAACCACGGGGCUCUGGGGCAAGGGCAGCGCUCAGUGAGGGUUGGCUGUCAGCUCUCAGAGGUGGUGGCUGCUGUGAUGCAUGGACAGAUGGAUAUCACUUGGGAGCAAUUUGGAUAGAGAUGGUCUUCCUCAGGAGGUGGGAUGGACCCAGUGUCUUCUUGAGAACCUUGUGCACAUGGAGCGUGAGGUGGUCCUGGUGCAUCCUCCCGGCUGCAGACGCUGAACCGGACCAGAGAGGGCUGCGUGGAGGCAACAGCACCACUGCCUUUCCCUUGUGUGGAGCUGAGAUCUUCCAGCACAUCCCUCCCAUGGUGUGCCACUGACCUGUGCCUCCAUCUCAGCUCUGUGCUGCCAUGGCCACGCUAGAGACGCUGCCCGUUCUUAGUGACCCGACCUACCCCAGCCCGGAGAACUUCCACGGUUUUGCUCCCCGGCGAUCCCAACCCACCUCCCAGAGCAGCAUGGGGAGCGUGGGCAGUGGAGUUGCCAACGACCAAGAGUUCGCCAUGAAAAGUGUGGGGACACGGACGCAGAGCACCAGCCGGCAGACAGAGGGCUCUCGCAAUGGGUACUCCACGCGGGAGAUCUCCAACCGCUACUCCGGCGAGGAGAAGACGUACAAGUCGGAGAAGGUCUCCAAUUCCCUUUACAUCAACGGCGACCUGCGCAAGAGCGAGAAGGUGAAGAUGGACAUCUGUGGGAAUGUGACCACCAACAACGAGAAGAACAUGCCGCCUCCUCCCCAAUACCGAGAGCCCAGUAACCCACCAAAGAUAUUGCCAAUCUCCGGCAAACUCGACCAGAGCAAUGAGCCCUUAGUUAGACCCUCAGCCUUUAAACCAGUAGUUCCUAAAAACUUCCAUUCCAUGCAGAACCUCUGCCCGCCGCAGAGCAACGGGGUGACAGAGAACAGAAAGAGCUUGAACCAUGCCAACAGCAAUAGCCCGUCGGCGCCCAAAAGCGGACUCGACAAGAGCAGCCUUAACAGGACUACAAACCAGGUCGGAGGCCUUUCGGAUUCAGGCCGUAACUCGUUAACGAGCUUGCCCACGUACGGGACAGGUUACAGCCAGCACGUGGGUCCAAUGAGCGCCUCCACCAGCCACAUCAACCGCAUCGGUACAACCUACGUGGACAAGAACAUGGUGGGAUACAACGGGAUAUCUACCUCAGACAGUGGGCGGUCUUCGAGCAAGAGCACCUCUUCAUUCAACAGACUGAACCAUCUCAACGAAACGAUGCCUUUCCACUCACCUUCAACCGACGACAUCAUCCAAGACCUGGAAGAUCGGUUGUGGGAGAAGGAGCAGGAGGUCCUCCAGAUGCGAAGGAACUUGGACAAAAGUGAGGCAGCCAUCUUCCAAGUCUUUGAGGAGAAGCAGAAGAUCUGGGAGAGGGAAAUGGAGGACCUGAGGCAAAACUAUGCCAACAAACUGCAACAGGUCUCCAAAAAGGCGCAGCGGGCUCAGCAAGCAUUGCAGCUCCAGAUCUUCAAGCUCCAGCAAGAGAAAAAAAAACUCCAAGAUGAUAUGGGACAACUCCUGCAGCAACGAGAGGAGCUGGAGAAGAAAUUUGUGGCUUUCAAGAAGGAACAGGCUGAGUUUCUCCCAAAGAUUGAAGAGACCAAGUGGGAGGUGUGCCAGAAGGCAGGUGAGAUCUCCCUGCUCAAGCAGCAGCUGAAGGACUCCCAAGCAGAUGUCUCCCAGAAGCUGAACGAGAUCGUGGGACUGCGGACACAGCUUAAGGAAGGUAAGAACUUCCUACGGGAGAAGGAAGAGCAGAUCCUCACCCUGAAGGACUCCUACAGCUCCAAGAGCGUCAACCUGGAGAUCUGCGAGGGCGAACUGCAGCGGAAGAUGAGCGAGGUCCAGGUGCUGAGGGAAAAACUGAACCACUGUGAGCUGGAGGUCUCUGGCCUCAAACGGACACUUGCCAGCAUGGGACCUCCGGGGCCUUUUGGUGGGGACCUUGGUGAGAAGCUGCGGGACCCACUGGCUUGUGAGAGCGACGAAGCCAAGAUGCAGCGGCAGAGUGAGGACAGCGUCAACACGCUGAGGAAGGAGGUGGAGAGGCUCCAGACGGAGCUGAAGCUGGAGCGACAGCAGCGGGAGCAGCAGGUGAUGAACUUUGAGGAGGAACGGCGCACGUGGCAGGAAGAGAAGGAGAAAGUCAUCAAGUACCAGAAGCAACUACAGCUGAACUACGUGGAGAUGUACCAGAAGAACCAGCUUCUGGAGCACAAGGUGAACGAGAUGAACACAAAGGCCACCAGCCCCCCGCACACUGAGGAGAAGAAACCAUGGACUCCCUCCAGACUCGAGCGGAUAGAAUCCACCGAGAUCUGAGGUGGGACCAAGACAAUACAACGUAAUUAUUUUUUAUUGCUGUGCAUGUACUGACUACUCAAGCCAGUGAUCUUCCGAAGGAUAAUUCGCUACUGUAGGACCUGUGUGAGUCUGCUCACACCGAUCUCCACCACCCUUACUCUAUACUCCUGUGCUUUGUAGGUAAAAUAACUGUGGAUGUGCGUUGUUUUUCUAUCGAUAAUGCGACAUCUCUUUUGGUUUCUUCUUCCUAGUACAGCUGGUGAGCGUCAGUUGGCUCUUUUUUAAUCUGCCGUGACUGUUACUUCGUGAGAGGCUGCCAUCCCCUCUCCUACAAUUCACCCCUCUUCGGUUGGUUGUUUUGGAGGGUUAUAUUUGGUUUCUUUGGUUUUCCAAGCAUUUAUAUGUGCAGCAAAACAGUUUGAAGUGGCAGGUUGGUUUGGUUUUUGUUUUAAUUUUUUUAGGGUAUUUUUAGCCACAUUGGCUAAUGGAAAAAAGCUCUUGGGAUCAUGAGCAAUCUCACUGCUCUGCAUCAAGUAUCAUGUCUAGACGGUGGUCUUAGUGAAGUCAGUGGGAGGUUGGCCACUGAUUUCAGUGAAACCAGACAUAUCUCUACCAGACGACUCCCUCUUGCCAGCCCAUGACUACCAUGGUUGCAAGAGGUUAGGACAUCCCUGGAUGAGCCUGUAACAUAAGCCAACAAGGAAUGAUCACCCAGCAGGAGCCUCUUCGGAGGUUCAGCAGAACUGGACAUCUGCUGUGUUUUCAUUCCAUUGUGAUUUCCAGUUCCACUUCUCUCCUGGGUUGUGACCAACUCUGGGAGCAGAAACACCCUCCCACCUCUGCCUUUGUCCCCCUAUUCUUACCAUACACUCAAGUUGGCUACAGCAAGGAAAGAACUUGGAAAUCCAAGCUAGCGUCCCUUCCCAAGAGCCCUUUUUCUUCCCAAAGUCAAUGGAAUCAAGGUUUGGGGAAGCCUCCAAACCUGCGGGAUGUUUAUGCAAACUGAAGCUUUAGCAAUUUGCCUCAACAAGGGGCAACUGUGCUACCCCAUUGCCACACGAGUGAUGCUUCGAUGCACUUUCCUGGUCCAGGGUCUACUUAAAAAUUGUCAUCCAAGCUUCACUCAGCAGUUGCAGUGAGCACAUAUCAGCAUUAUCGUUACAUCACUUUUAGUGCAGCACCCAUAGUCAUCCCAUCUGGCAUCACACAUUCCAGGGACAGAGAUAAUACAGACCUAGCUUAAGAAAAUAUUCAGCUACUAACUCUGAGCAGGAGAGCAGUGAUAAGAAGGGAAAAAUGGUUAAGGUGAUGCAAGUGCUUAUGCCCUGGCAGAAUAAUAAUCAAAUCCUAUAGGCACAGUCACCAAGAAGGGUGCAGGCACCAAAAACCAGCAUUCAGCUUUAAAAGGUGGGCAAGGUGGGUCUGGUUCUCCCUUUUGUGGACACUUUUUUUAGCAUGACCCACAGCAAAGUGUAAAAAAUAUUGCAAAGUGGAGUUGGCACUGACUGGACAGUGGCCAAAGGACAAAUGCAAGUGGGAAUUUCAGCUCUUUGUCCUCGGGAGCAGCUAGAAGAACAAAACUAGAAUUAGCCCUGGGAUGUCAUGGGAUGUCUGUGUGCCCACGGAGUUUGACCAGAUCACAUUUCACCUGCAUACCAAGGAAGAACCUCAGGGCAUUGAGGGGCUGAAGACCUUCCAAGCAAAAGCCCUGAAGGUACUCAUUUUCCACAUUCCCUUCCCCGAAAGCUCCUCCCUCCCCAUCACCAGGUCUGACCUUCAAGCUGGCAUCAGACGUGGUUGUGGUGAGCUCCAGACUGAGCAAAGAGGCUGAGCAGGAGAGAGGAGACUCCAGUUAGUCCCACCAAUCUCCAGCCAAGGUCAACAGACAAUAUUACUGAGCAGAAACUGUUGGUGGCUGGCAGUGAUCCCUGGAGCCAUAGAAAAUGGAGAUAUGUGAUGAGGCCAGAGCAUUUCAAGACGCUGGUUGAGGGCACCUGGCUUUUCUCACUGCUUCUGCCUGUGUCUUUGGAACUGGAGGAAGACAUAACCCAACAGUCUGACUUUGCCAAGCCAAGGGAGACAUCCACAUGUGCUCUGCAAACUCACACUUGGCCAAGCAAAUCUGAAGCUUCCUCUACUUCAUACACUGGGCCUUCGAGAUGGAGUCAAACAUCCCACAAUGUUAGGGUUGAGGGAGACCUGGUGCCCUGUGUCAUCUCGGCUUUCUGUAUCUCUCUUUCCACAUCAGAUAAACCCACACUGUCUUCCUUCCCAAAGGACUUGUGAGGCACCUGUGUCUGUGAAGGGCUUUGCAGUCCUUGGGCAAAAUGGAAAAGCACUGAGGAACUGCAAGAGGCUCAGUCUCAGACGGUGUUUUUGAAGCCACCACAUGAAAAGCAAACCCAACAGCAAGUGCCCUAGCCACAAGAUGGGUCCAAUAACCUGGAGGGUCACCUCCAACUUUGCUCCUCUUGGCUCUGCUGAUGUUGAGGUUGGUUUCCCACUAACCAUCGCAGAAAACAGUGUUUCAGUUGGUAGCUCAAGGACACCCAGAGUGACUGAGUUUCAAGGAGCUGCUGUUGAGGAGGUUGUACACCACAGUUUCCCGCUGCGUUAACGCUCAAGAGGAACAGACAUCGGCAUCUCCAUGUAGGACAGCUUCUACCAGAGCUCCUUGCUAAUCCAUAGGCAGGAGGAGCUUAUCUGACCUCCUCAAAUUCCUGGCUCCAGUCAGCAGCAGUCAGCCAAGUCCUCCAGCAUGACAGGUUUGCUCCAUCAUCUUUUUCCUACAUAUAUUUUUGCAGUGGUGCCAGGAAUGAAUGUAUCUUGAUGGACCCAGUGAAACCUCAAGGCACACAUGUUCUGGACGGCCUCACAGUGCAUCCAUCAGGGAUUGCAGAGCUCCUUGGGAUGGAGCAGGAGCAGCAAGGAGAGAUUCUCCACCUUGGAGGAGGGAAAGUACACUCCUUUCACCUUGAUCACUUUGAUCUAGAGUUUCCACCCAGAUCUGAGCAACCUUGGUUAUGGACAUUCCCUGGAUGACAUGAGAGCAUUGCAGAUACCCAUUAAAGACACUGUGCUGCUGACGGUGGUUUUCCCUCUCUUGGGAUUCACACAGCAUCCCCAAACACUCAGCUGUCCUGCAGAAACCACCCCACUAUGCUACUGUGACGUGAAAUACACAUUUUUGGCAAGUGCUCCCAGCCAAACUGCCAUGAAAGAUUGUUGCUCUUCAGGAAUCCUCCCUACAACUGGACACACUGCUCCCCAUCACAUCCUCUCCCAUGUGCUACCAAUGCAGCCACAAGCUGGUAACCAGUCUCUCUUGGAGUUGACUGCCCUUUGCUCAGCAGAGAUGGAGCAAAAUGCUGGUGGGACACCUGUGUUCCUGUUGUUUGUGCCCACCUGGACCCAGAUGGAAGCUCACCUAGCUCUUUCCAGACCUUAACACUUUUACGCACUGACUGGAUGAAGUCUCCCAUCAUAAGCUUGGUCUUCAUUGAGGCCCUGGGGUCUUAACCUUGGAGUAAGAUAGCACAGGGUCCCAGACUGGUGUUUUGAUGACAUAUCCUGGGAACGGCCAAGGAGGCUGACAUAUUGUCUCUUGGAGGCUCAGAAAGGGCUGAUAAGAUGCUUCUGUCCCAUGAAAUUCAACUCGGAGUUCAGUCUUGAUCAUAACCCAUCUGCCACCUCCACCUUUGCGCACCCAGUUCUGGAGCUGAUGGGAUUCAGUGUGAUGCAGUUGCUCAUGUGUAAUUCUCCAAGUUCUGCCCUCAAUAUCUUGCACGUGGUCAGUGUCUCUACUGAAACAACAGGUCACGUUUAACUUGUCGUUGGCCAUCAGCAAAAUCCGUGGUCAUGAGGGUCUCAGGUCAGCUGCCCACACAAGGGGUCAAGACACAUUAGAGAUGCUCUGAGACACCUGACACAUGGGCUGGCCAAGAUGAAACAACAGCCAAGCCAGUGGUGGAAGACCUGGAGCAUUUCUAGUGGCACAUCACCCACGUGUGGGCAACUGAGUCAUGCUCCAAGCAUAUCCACAUGGCUGUUAUGUGAACAAACAGGGGACACUGAUCAGCUCCAGCAGUUUCCAUCCAUGAGGAUUUGGGCUGAGCAGGCCCUCCUGGUGCCACCAAAGGUCUAAGCGGCCCCUCUUCCCACCUGCUGCGAGUGGGGUUGCUUUGCUCCACCAUCAUUUCAAGGUUGCUAUAAGAUGCCAACCCAGCUGCGCUGGUUCCCCUCGUGCAGCCAACACUCCCGUCUCACCCUGGGUGCGAACGCCACAACCAUCACACGUUGUUGUGCUUCACACAGUCCCACUGAGUUUCUGCCACCGUCUCGUGGCAGCCGGCUGCACUGCUCCUGCUGUCGCUGGCAUCGUGCCGGUGGGAGAUCACCUCCGGGUUUUCGCACUCAAGAGAGGAAUCGAAUUGUUGCUUUCACACUGCUACGUUAUAUGGAGAGAAGUGUACUUGGAUGUAAAUAACAGCCCAGCUCUGUAUAUACAAUGAUUAAAUGAAGAGACAAGAAAGAUCUGUGGCUUCUAUAUCGGUGAAUGGGAUUGAGAGCAGCAGCUGAGGCUGCGCUCAAGCGCUGAGUGCUACGUGGAGGGUGCUCAGCACCCCUUGAGCUGCUGUUGGUUGCAGUGGAAAUGGGGGGCUCAGCAUCUCUCAGGAAGGCAAUCCACUUGGGAUGGACUCCCUGGUGACACUGUCCUGCUUCAAUGCUUUCUGUCAUCCUCAGCCAGGAUUUGCAGUCAUCCCCUGGUUAAGGCUGAAGUCCCUUCUGCCCAUCACAGACUGGUUGGGGUUGAAGGGACCUCUGGAGAUCAUCCAGUCCAACCCACCUGCUCAUGCAGGGUCACCAGAGCAGAUCACACAGGGUCGUGUCCAGGCGGGUUUGAAUGUCUCAGAGAAGGAGACUCCACAACCUCUCUGGGCAGCCUGGGCCAGGCUCUGGCACCUCACAGGAAAGGAGUUUCUCCUUAUAUUCAGAUGGAACCUCCUGUGUUUCAGUCUGUGCCCAUUGCCCCUCAUCCUGUCAUUGGGCACCACUGAACAGAGUCUGGUCCAUCCUCUUGACACCCACCCUGGAGAUAUUUAUCAGCAUUUAUGAGAUUCCCUCUUAUCUUCUUUUCUCCAGGCUGAACAGCCCCAACUCUCUCUGUCUUUCCUCACAAAAAAGCUGCUCUAUGCCCCUCAUCAUCUUUGUAGCCACCACUGGACUCCCUCCAGUAAUUCCUCAUCCUUCUUAAACUGGGAAGCCCAGAACUGGACCAAGUACUCCAGAUGCAGCCUCAUAAGGGCAACCUCCUGUCCCCCCAAACCUCCUUGCAGACAGUGGCUCCCAGCAGUGAUCUCCUUGAGCCCUGAGCUCUGCCCAUGGAAAGGACCAACCCACCCCACUCCUGCCCCUCGCAGUGGCACUUUAUAGCUUGCUCAAGACAGCGAGCUCACAAGCAACACAACCAAAGAUCUCUGGAGCGCAUUGGACUGCACACUUGGAGCUGCCUCCUGACUUUUCUGGGGAGAGAUGAGGCUGGUGGGGGCUCAGAAGGGGGAAUGAGAGCUGGCAGGGGACAGCAGAGGGCUUGGGUUUCCCUGUGUCCCACCUGGGAACAUCUGCAUGGCCAUGAGAGGCCUUUCCUGUGCUAGACAGGACGGGGUAGAAAGGAGUUCCUGGGUAAGCUGAUUGUCCCCCAUUGAUUACACCAAUAUCCUCCAUGGUUGUGCCAACUACUUCCAUGCAAUGCCCAGGGAGUGUGUGGACCAGGGGCUGUUCCAGGAGGCAGAAUGAAUGGAUGCAACUCCCCUUUUUCCUUGGAGAGAAGAGAGGCUGCACACCAAGCCAUCACACUUGUCUCCAUGGCCACAGGUCUCCACUGCUUGAGCAGCAGACAUUGCUACAGGGUCCAGUUGCAUUGGCCAGGAAAAUGUGUAUCCGCGGAACUGGUGGUCCUGCUGGUUGCGCCCUUGGUGUCCUCUCUCCAGCUCACUCCAGGACAUCCUCAACACUCUCCUUACCAGGGAACCAUCCUCCAAGGUGAAGGCACCGUGGUCGUUGCUUUUCCUGCUUGGGGUGCUGAUGGUGUCUGUGGCCACCAUCACCCCAUGGAGGUCCCUGGUACUGCUCCUACCCUUGGCACAUGGAGUGUAGGCCAGUGAGAGACGUGUGCUUCUGCAGAUAGGUGCUUGAGUGGCCCUGCGCCUCGGGCACGUGUCUCUUCACCAUAUCUCUGCUCCAAGGCCAUGCUAAGCCUUCUCUGCUCCGUUCCUACCAAGACCACGAAAUCCUGCUGAUGUGCAGUGACAGCUCUCACUUCUGUCCUGGAUGGGAGCAGGUCCAGCUGGCCACUAUUCUAACUCAACUCUUCAGCCUAAACCUUGAAGGCCACUUUAUAGAGUCACUUUUCACCAAGACCCCUUGCUAAAGAUCUGCUCAUCAUGUUGCCUGUGCCCUGCUACUCCUCUGCCCCAGCUCUCCAGACUCCCUUGCCUCCUUUUAGAUCAUCACCAUCCCCACUGUCCCAGCAGCAGCCAGUGCCUCUCCCAGUACUCUCCCAGAUAUGUCUAAACAAGCCAGAGCUGAAGCCCAAAACCCCCACUGAGAGUGGCAUGUCCAACCCUACCCUCAGAGGAGCUUUCUAGACUACUGAUCCUCUUCUCUCCAUCAUUCCCACCUCAGCUGGAUCAGCCUUGCUUUACCUCCAAAAGCAAUCUUGCGUCUUGCUGAGGACAUCCCCAUGACACUUGAGAUGGCUGCAUGUGGCUUCACACCAUUGCAACACCUCAACCAGCCAGCUCUGGGGUUUCCCAUGCCACCCAAUCCCUAGUGUAUCGAGGGGCUGGGAUCACAUCCAGCUGUUUGCAGAUGUUGGCUUCCCAAUAGGUUAUUCCAUGCCGGCAGUGCCACUGCUGGCAACACCAGAAACAAGCUUCUGCAUUUCCAUGAUCAGCCUGGUUCUCCCAAUGAAGGGGAUCAAUUAGAUCUGGAGCCUGGGACAACCUCUGUCACGCAGGGUUGUGUUUUUGCAGCUCUUUUAUGGAUCUGUUUUCUCAGGCAGAAAGUCUCAGCUUUCUGUCACAAAGCAAUAGGUUUUUCUAAAGAGAUUUAAAAGGGACUAUUGACUAUUCCCCUCUGAUACCUGCAGGGAAGCCAAUGUUCCUUUGAAUACCUUCACAGCUCCAGCCCUGGGCUCUCUUCCUUGGGAAAGGGAUGCGAGGUCCAGUCUGCGUCCAAAUAACCACCAAUGGUUUAAGCUUGGCGGUUCCCACUGGUCUGGAGAGCCCAAAGCUGCCCAUAUCCAGCAGGCCACGAGUCUGGGUCCCCGGGAGGUGUGGUCCAUGCCCCUCUGGUGCCCAUCCCAUGGCUGUUAUUGGGUCCCUGCAGCAGGUCUUCUCCAUCAGCUCACCCGCAUGGGAGUCACUGUGUCUCCUGGGGUAUCUGAGCUCACAGAGUCACGUUUGGUGACAACCGGACAGCAGUGGGUGACCACGACACUGGCUUUGCCAUCCCUGAGAGUCAGGCUGUCCUAGGAGCCCUCUCAGAGGAGAAGGUCCUGUUUCCUUCAUGGCUGGCACGUGGGUUCCCUUCCAGUGGCCGAAGGGAGCAAACUGUGCAUGGGCAGAGCUCCACCACCGGUGCAAAACUGCUCCAUCACCGGUGCAAAAUAUAACAAAUGCUGCACAACCAGCCAAUGUGUCUAUGCAGUCCCUUUCCACACAGCGGCGUCCCCGCAGAGCCCAGCCCAGGGCUGGAGCUCCUCCAAGGUGUCUUCGUUUGCACUCACUCGGACCUGAUAAACGCUGUGAGCCGAGAGGAAUUCCCUCUCAGUCUUUGCCUUGCACCAGGCAGUACGCUUGUGAGGGUUUCCUCGUCCUAAAAUCGAUGCAUGUUGCUUAGUCGCCCCGUCUUCUGCGUCUCGUCCUCCAGCAGAUCAAGAGGUGUGUCCCGUCCCUCACCCCCCCAAAAAAAGCAGCUCCCCAAUGGGAGAACAUCAGGUUGGCCCAGCAAACCUGCUGUCUGAUUUCACCAGCAAUAAAAGCCCCGUGGAGAAGCGGCUGGAGCUCCCCGGUGCUGCUCCACCACCGGGUGAGCUGUGUCUGUGUGUAGGACCUUCGCAUUAGACCCUCCGUCCAAUAUUUUGGACGUACCCAACUGUAAAUUCAGUCCCAGCCUUGUGCUUUCUCUCCUCUUGUUCGGUUCUUGACGCCUCGGUCUCUCUCUGCUCUUACUGUGAAUUCAAACCAGAAGUGUUCUGAACUUGACUCCGUUACUGUUUUGUUUCUGCGUUGACUGUUGCUGGUUCUCUGAACUGCGUUUAAUGAGAGUUUGAAAAAAAAACAAAUAAAAAAAUUUAAAUAAUUAUAUAUAUAUAUAUAUAUACUUAAAAAAUAAAAUA